GUUGGAGGAGGUCCCUGAGAGGAUGUGACUGACUGCUGGUUCACCUGCUAACCAGACCCGGCAGCGGGAGGCUCCACAACCCCUCCCCUUUCCUUGGAACAUUCGUCCCCGCGUACUGUUCCUGUAGUGGCCGUCCUUUCAAGAACACAGCCUUGAGAGACAGGUGUUGUUGAGAGCAUCUGAACCCAAUUAAGGCCUCUUUAUAAACAAGGCUUCUUUACAACGUCUCCGCACGUUGGUGUGGAGACGCCCUGGUAUUGUGACGGGUGCUGACCACCCCCAGAGCACAUCCCCUCACCUACCAACGUGGCUUGGCCCACUUCUCUCAUCCCUCGGCCUCCCUCUUCUGGGGCUGGUUUUUGAACCAAGAAAGAAACACGGAAAAGAGAUCUUAGCCAUUUCGUUCCGGAGGCAUGAAGUCUGUAUUUUCCGGAUCUUAUGACUAAGCCUGUGCUGUGUCACAUUGAAAGGCGGGAGCGUGGGGUGCCACAGCAGCGCCGAGUUUCAGCACCAUGGAGAGCCCCCGUCUCCGGCCGCUGACCGUCUUGGGUGCCGCCCUGCUUUUUCUGCUACCGCUGUUGGGUGCCCGUGCCCAGGAGGAUGCUGAGCUCCAGCCCCGAGCCCUGGACAUCUACUCCGCCGUGGAGGAUACCUCCCAUGAGAAGGAGCUGAUCGAAGCGCUACAGGAAGUCCUGAAGAAGCUCAAGACUAAAAGUAUUCCGAUCUAUGAGAAGAAGUAUGGCCAAGUCCCCAUGUGCCACGCUGGGGAGCGGUGCGCAGUGCGAAAAGGAGCACGGAUUGGGAAGCUUUGCGACUGUCCCCGAGGAACCACCUGCAAUUCCUUCCUCUUGAAGUGCUUAUGAGGCUUCCACCCUCCUCCAUAAAUCCCCACUGCCUCUGCCUCCCUUGAGAGGACAACACUUUCAUCCCUGGAGUUCGGCUUUAGCAACAAAGUUUGCGUUUCCCUGUGAGAGUUAAAGGGGCUCUUGUCCUGCUGUUCCCAAAUAAAAGAAUACAUUAAAUGUUACUGUGUGAAGGAUAACGCCUUGUACGGUGUUGAUACAUGUGCAAAGUAUUCUUAUUCAUCUGACAAACUCUUACCCAUCUUGGUGUAGAGAAGGGGAACUUUGCUUUGAAAACUGUAUUUUUGUAUGUGGUGUGGCAGGAUGAACAUUAGAUUUAGUUAAUCUUGGUAGGUGACAUCACAACCUGGAAAAUAACCCCAAAUGACACAAAUUGCAGCAUGUACAAUUAUACAUAAUAAAGUGUUUUUAAUAAUUGC